ACGACGAAAUUAGUUAUAACUUGCAAAUAGGAAGGGCGAGCUCUUCGUUCUUGACUGCUUGUGUCGGGGAGAAUGCUUGCCUCUCUUGUCAGGGUUUUUGCAAAGCAGGGGCUGGGCAGCCUUGGCGCAUUAUCGCAAUGUCAGCAGCUCCGAUUCUUCAAUGUGCACGAGUAUCAGGGUGCACAACUUAUGAGCAAGUUUGGCGUAAACGUCCCCCCCGGCAUCCCGGCAAAAACAUUGGAUGAAGUUGCCCAGGCCGUUGAACAGAUGGCGGAUGAGAAUGGCGAGGUAGUUCUGAAGAGCCAAAUCCUUGCUGGCGGUCGCGGGCUGGGCCGCUUCACCAACGGCUUGCAGGGAGGAGUACACAUCGUGCCCAAAGCUCGCGCCCUGGAGCUUGCUAAGCAAAUGCUAGGGGGCACCCUAGUCACCAAGCAAACAGGUCCUGCCGGCAAGCCGGUUAACACUCUGCUGAUUGCACGCAAGAUGAAACUACGCCGGGAGAUGUACUUUGCAAUCCUGCUAGAUCGCAAGACCGCGGGCCCCAUGAUGAUUGGCUGCAGCGAGGGCGGUACCAGCAUCGAAGACCUCGCGGAAAAGUAUCCCGAGAAAAUUAUCAAGGUACCAGUGGAUAGUCGUACAGGCAUCACUGACGCGCAGGCGGCGAAGAUGGUUGAGGGACUGCGGGUAACGGGGGACAAGGCCAAAGCGGCACAGCAGAUCAAGGCCCUGUACGACCUCUUCGUUAAGUGUGAUUGUACGAUGGUGGAGGUGAAUCCAUUGGCGGAAAGCCUCGAUGGCCAGCUAAUUGCUGCGGACGCUAAAUUAGGGUUUGACGAUAACGCAGCAUACCGCCACAAGGAAAUAUUUGAUUUGAAAGACGAGAGCCAGAUCGACCCACGGGAGGUCGCUGCGGCUAAGUACGAUUUGAACUAUAUCGGCCUGGACGGCAGCAUUGGGUGCAUGGUCAACGGGGCUGGUCUGGCCAUGGCCACCAUGGACAUCAUUAAGAUGCACGGAGGGUCACCAGCCAACUUCCUGGACGUCGGGGGGAGUGCCAAUGAGCAGCAGGUAGUUGAGGCGUUCAAGAUCCUCACUAGCGAUAAGCAAGUUAAGGCCAUCCUGGUCAACAUCUUUGGCGGCAUUAUGAAAUGCGACGUCAUUGCCAGAGGCAUUGUCAACGCGGCCAAGCAGGUCGGCGUAUCGGUACCGCUGGUGGUUCGGCUAGAGGGCACCAAUGUGGCUCAGGGUAAGGACAUCAUCCGCUCCUCGGGUAUGGCCAUCAUUGCGGCGGAUGACCUGGACGACGCGGCCAAGAAGGCAGUGGCGGCCAUUGCUUGAGGCAGCAGAGUGUGUAAGGGAACCGACUUAAAGCAUGGAAGAGGGCCCGCCUUUAAGCAGGCAUAAUGUGCACCGAGUUCAGCGUCACUGCUGCGCGGAGUAGGGACCAAUGGCGACGUCUUCGGGUGAGGCACGGAUUGCGAGCCACUGACAGAUGUCGGGUGUCGGGACAGCGGCGAAUCGAGCAGUGCCAAGAUGGAGGCGGGAUGGCUGGAUGGUCAUGGCACAGAUAACCAUCUUUUCAUGUAGGUUUGGAUGUGUGCUUGGCCUUCCAUUUCUUUGUUUGUUUACGAAUCUGGUCUUUAGGAACGGCACUUCAACUCAACCGACAGUCUACCAGACGGUGUAGUAAGGAGUCGGGGUGGUUGCUAGACAGUUAGCUCAGGGAACAACUGGCGGCCUAUUGUCGCUGUUGGACAAUGACACGUUUUCCUCGAUGUGAUCUGCUAAAUAGUGGAGAGGCGCAUGUACAUGAAAGGAGCGUGCACGCAAGAAUGGUGUCAGCACAGCUGCUGAUCGCCUUACGGGUGCCGGUAUGGAUCGGACUCGACAGGGCAGUACGCGCGGUAAGUGGGCCGGUAGGCAUGAUGGCAGGAAUAAGUUCAGACACCGCUCAAGUACCUGUGUGUUGGUCUGGAGUGUGCACGUACGUUAGCGGCAUUGCUUGGCUCCAACAAGGUGCUAUGGAGGGAUGGGCAAGGAACCCCUCUUCCGUGUAAUACCGUGUAGCCUACAACUAGCGCGUAUUGUAGCAACGGAGUCCAGAACACUUUUGCGAACUCGAGGGUAAGGCCAGGAUGCGAAUGAAAUCUCCCUCCUGAGUUUGUUGUCUCUCUAAAGUUGCUGCGAUGCCCCGCCUGCAUUAGCCGCCACCAUCAGUCUGUGCAAGAUUCACACCCAACAGCAGAUGCCGCCUCUCCAACUGGCCGCCCUUUGUAAGACUGCGCAGCUC